AUGCAAACGUAUAAGAUACGGGCAAUCAUCAAAUCAAGUGUUGUUAAUUUUAAAUCAAUCAGACCGGUAUCCACCAUCAGCAAUGUAGCUGUGAGCACAUCUGAAACAGGGCAGCAAUUGAAGUCAUUUGACGAGAUUCCUGGUCCUUCGAAGUUGCCAAUAAUUGGACCCCUACACCAUUUCCUUCCUUCGGGCUUGCUAUAUAAGACUGAUGGGAUCACUUUUAUGGAGCGCUUACAUCAGACUUACGGACCGAUUGUGAAACUGCCAGGAUUGUUUGGAGGACCUACUUUGGUGCUAUUGUUUGACGCGGAGAGUAUAGCGUAUGUGCUACGGAGCGAGAAUUGGAUGCCGAAAAGGCCCGGAUUUCAAUCGUUGGAGCACUAUCGUAAGGAAUACAAGGAAAUAAAAGGAAAGGGAAAUGUUGUGACUGGAUUAAUUACGGACCACGGAGAGCAAUGGAAGAAGUUGCGUUCUUUGGUCAAUCCGGUAUUGCUGCAGCCAAAGACGAUAAAACUGUACUCAACAAUACUCGAUGAAGUUGCCAAGGACAUGAUCGCAAGAAUGAAAUCCAUUCGUGACGAGAACAACAUGAUAAAAGGCGACUUGAGCCACGAAAUGAACUUAUGGUCUUUGGAGUCCAUUGGGGUGGUAGCGCUUGGCGGUCGUCUCAAUUGCUUCGAUCCCAAUCUACCCGUGGAUUCUCCUGUUAGGAAGCUGAUCCAAAUCGUGCAUGAUUUUUUUGCCAUAGCGGACAAAUUAGAUUUCAGGCCGAGUCUUUGGAGGUUAUAUCCAACUAAGACGUACAAGAGAGCUAUGAAACUAUACGAAGAACAGGAAAAUUUGAAUGCGUACUUUAUUAAAAUGGCGAUGGAAAAGUUGGAAACGGAAAAGAAAUCGGAUAACGAGAAGGGAAUAUUAGAGAAAUUGCUUGAGAUAGACGAACACGUUGCUAUGUUGAUGGCCAGCGAUUUGUUAUUUGCUGGCGUCGAUACGACGGCCCAUACAGUCAUACCAGUGUUUUACUUCCUUGCGAAUAAUCCAGAGAAACAGAAAAAAUUACGAGAUGAGGUAUUAUCGAAUUCCGAAAAACGGCCUUACCUUAAGGCAUGUAUUAAAGAAGCUAUGAGAAUUAUGCCGGUGGUUGUUGGAAACAUGAGAGAGACUUCAAAAGAGAUUAAUAUCCUUGGUUAUCAGAUUCCCAAGCACACGUAUAUGACAUUUGCUCAUCAUUACGCUUCGUUAAUGGAAUGCCACUACCCAAGGCCGCGCGAAUAUAUCCCAGAGCGCUGGAUCGCUGGUAAAGAUGACCCUUUGUACCAUGGAAACGCGCAUCCGUUUGCAUUUAGUCCCUUCGGAUUUGGAACUCGUAGCUGUAUAGGUCGCCGUAUAGCAGAACUGGAGAUUGAAACUUUCGUUGCACAAGUCGUUAAGAACUUUCACAUAGAGUGGUUUGGGGAACCUCUGAAACAAUAUCAGAGCGCCCUGAAUUAUGUUAAAGGUCCAUUUAAUUUUUACUUUAAAGACCUC